AUCUCAUGCGCAUGUGCACACUUACAAAUACGCCUGUGCAAAUCGAUGGUUUGCCCAGGAACUUGCAGCGUUGCCACAUUUCUCAUAACAUAAAUAAUUGAUAUCGAUAUUAAUAAACAACCUGAACUCAUUUUUAAUUGAAUUGAAAUUAAUUGGAAUAUACAAAUUGUUCAAAUAUACAAUUUACCAUAAUCACUUCAUUGCUGAUGAUUGCACUUGAUUGGAAUGUCAAAAAAUCAAAAAGAAGAAUAUCAUAACCUAUAAAAAUUUAAAUACAAACAAUUUUGAACAAAUUAUUCAUUUAAGAAUGGAUUUCUUAUCACCCAGUGUUCAUGUCCAAUUAAAUCCUAAUGUUAUUGAAAUAUUAAAAGGAAUUGAUGUAGUUACAAUUUGUGAUUUCCUAAAUUGUGAUUCUAAACAAAUCGAAAAAGCAACAACGUUACCGUUGAAAGAAGUAAUAGAGAUUAGAAAAUAUCUUUUGAAACAUUAUUCUCAUCCUAGAAACGUGUAUGACUACUACAAAAGCAUUUUAAAAGAGUUCGCUAUAAUUCCUACAGGCAUUUCUAGAUUAGACACUUUGCUGGACGGUGGCCUCUUCACUGGCAACAUUUACGAAAUAUGCGGCUUACCAGCAGCUGGCAAAACACUUUUAUGUUUAACAUUAUUGAAGAAUAUCACUCCCAAAUACACCAAUCAAGUUUAUUACAUAGACACCAAGUCUGAUUUUUCAGCAUUAAAAUUAAAACGAGCGAUGUCACAAAUGAACAAAGAACAAAUUACAACAACUUUGAACAAAAUAACAGUGGCUCGAACAAACUCGCAGCAAGAUUUUCUAAGUAUAUUGUUAGCAAUCAAGCACUCUGUGCAAAACGGAGAAAGUACACGACUUAUAAUAAUAGAUUCCAUUCCGGCACUUUGUUUCACAUCAACAGACUUAACCGAGCAAAACUGUUUUUUAAAUUACUCUGCAAACAUUCUGCAAUACCUAGCAAAAGAAUAUAACGUUAUUAUCAUCACCACGAAUUUAAUUAGGACUUGGAACGAUGGAGAUUUUAUCAACACAGGUGCCAUGAAAGAAGAGAUAUGUUGCGGCAGUUACUGGUACAGGGUUCCCAAUGUUAGAUUGUCGUUGACUAAGGAUAAAGAUAGUUGCAAAAUUACACUAGAUAAGACUAUAAAAUUUAUUCCAGAUGUUAAUUAUUGUGCAGUUAAAUUUAGCGAUGAAGGCUUCGUUUAAUAGAUGAAUAAAAGCAAUAAAAGUGCCUUACCUUAGCCUUUAAAUCCACUGAAAC